AUGCAGGAGCUCAUGCGACAGUUCGGCACAAUCUUGCGACAGGCGAGGCAUUACUUCACUUUUUUUUCCAACUCCACUGUCUGCUCAGAGCAUAAAUCAGAUAUCUUCUGCUUCCUCAAUCCAUGACGCGUUUUUUUUAUAUAUUUGAAUUUUUUUUCAUCCAGUUUAAAGAUAUCUAAAAUAUUACUCACCAAAUGUGUUCCAAUUAAGGCUCUUCUUUCGAAUAGUUGUACAGUUACAAGUCACAAAGAUUUCCAGUGACUUUACUGAACUAAUAGUUCAAUUUAUGUGCAAAAGUUUCAUUUUCUUGCCCUCUGUCUGUCGAAAUUUUAAGAGGCUGAAAACCAUCGUCAGCUGCACGGUAAAUGGCAGUAUUCCGUCCAGGUCGUGGAAUUAUUUCAAAUAUAAAACGCACGGUAAGAUUUUUCCCACGACCUGGACGUCAGUCGUGGGAAAGAUCUGUGUCAAGGUCUCAGUGUAGCCGGAGAAUUGUUGCAUCUCAAAAUUUCUGUUUCUCCUAUGUAGAACCACACGGCAAGAUCUUUCCCACGACCUGAACGGAAUACUGGCAUUUAUCUACAUUAUCGAAUUAUUUUCCAUAGUUACCUAAUUAAGACACUAAUUUCCACUGCACUGGAAUAAUGUCAGUUGUCUUCAUCCCAGUUCUGACAUGUCAUGAUCUUUUGACCGGAAGAAACUCAGAUAUUAUUGUUUAUUGACCUGGAGGAGUCCAAAUUCUGAGUCUUAGAACCAUAAAAGAUUUAAAGUGAUUGCUGACGAUAUUUGAUUAAAGACACCUAGACAAGAUUUGGUUAUCUGGAAGAACACUCAAAAGAGUAUUACUUUGUUGUUAAACCUUUGUCCUAGUUGAUUGUAUUUUUAUCUUGCGAUUAAGUUAGCUUACUCGUAUGGCCUAUUUUAUAUAAAGUCGAAUUCACUGUUGAAUUUGUCAUCUUACUACAUUAGGGUUCGCAGUAAAAAUGAUUAAAAAGAUGUUUCUAUAGAAGAUACUCCUUUUAACCAAUGAAACAUUUUACUUCCAGAUCUCACAGCACAAGUGGGCUUGGCCGUUCUUGCAGCCUGUUGAUGUUGAAGGUCUUGAUCUCCACGACUACUUCGAUGUAAAGACUUCAUCCUCUCUUAUUUGAAUCAUGCCCCGUUGGAUGUUACCGAAUCCAAUGUGAGGUCUUGCCUAUAAUCGAAUUUUCAGAGCAGCAUAAUGAUCUUUGGUGAUCCAUCAUGCUUACUCUUUUUUUUAUGUCAGCCUUAAAAACACAGAGGGGAAUAUGGGAUAUUCUGUUGGAUCCUGCCUGGUGUCAUUGAAAAUUUGAAUGUCCCUCAGAGAUGGUUAACGGUUUCUAUCACAUUACUUUCUUUUCAGAUGUGUUUAGAUCUUCACGCGAAUAUAAAAGUUUUUAGGGGAAUGUGUCAAUUGAAUUCUUUUUGUUGUUCCGAUACCCUGGUAAUUCAAGCUAGUGGGUUUGAUAAGAUGAGGUAGAAAUUUCUGGGGUUCUUAAGUAUGAGAAGUUUGUGAUUCUUGUCUUUGCUUCACAACUUUUUCCAUAUCAUACGGUAUGAUUACUCAAGGUUUAAGUUAAAAAGCAUUCACUUCGAGAAGCUAAGAAGCUUACACCUAAUGUUGUCUCAUACUAUUUAAAGUCGUCAUUCUUCUUUAAAUGUCUUUAUAUUUUUUACCAGCUUUUAUUUUGUCAAUUUACAUGAAGAACAUGACUAGUGAGUCUCACUGCAGAUGUUUGUUAGAAUAAACUCUAUUUCAAAAAAGUUGGUAUGGAGAUGCGCCUUUUUGUAUUAAAAGUGUUGAAUAUUUAAUUCGUUUGCAGUCUUUAAUUACGUUGUUCCAUGUAUGUUUUUCCUCAAAUUCAAUGAGCAGUGUGGAUUAUUGCUGUGCUACCUAUGAAAUUCUCUUUGCUUUCCUCUUCUACGUUCUACUGUUGAAUGAUAAGCUUUGCAUUUGCUUCUUUAGUAACUCGUAUGCUUGGGAGUUCUUGAAACUUGAAUCAGCCAAGAUUUUACUGUGACUGCAAUUUUAUGUCUGCUUCUCCAAUGAUCCACAGCCAUGAAGAGUUUUCAUUUUAUAAUCAAAUAAAAUUUAUCAAUUAUAUAUUCAAUUUUUAUUAUAAAAUAAUAUUCAAUUUUUUUUUAAUUUUCUCUCAUGUAGCUCUUCAUUUUUUUUAUAUCAUUUGUUUCUUUUUUUCAUAUGCCUUAUUCUUUCCCUUUUUACCAGACCAUCCAUCCCGUUAUGAGCUGAACCAUUUCUUAGGAUGCAUGGUCUUCUCUCCAACAAACACAUCAUUCUACACUAAAAACAUUGGAAAUUCACACUGUUCCUGUUGAUCAUUCAAGAAUAUUGCUUUAAACACCUAAGGCAGAUCCCGAAAUCUUCUUUGCAUGCUGAGAGCUUCCCGCACUCUAAAUAUCUUCGACGUUUAAAAAUGGUGCAUAUUUGAGAAUGUUCUUUUAUGAUCUGAUUUACCCAGAUUGCACUGAAUCGCAUCACUUCGAUUGCGCAUCGUUUAUUUUUAUACGAUCAUAAUGUCUCUGAAAACCAUUUUUUCAGAUUAUAAAAAAGCCUAUGGAUUUUGAAACCAUACGAAAGAAGAUGGAAGUUAAAGAUGGCACCGGAUAUAAGAAUGUUCGAGAAAUAUAUGCUGACGUUAGGUUGGUUUUCACAAACGCAAUGACAUACAAUGAGGAAAAAAAUGAUGUUCAUCAGAUGGCAAGAACAUUGUUGGAAAAAUUUGAGGAGAAGUGGCUCCAGCUUUUGCCUAAAGUUAUUGAAGAGGUUAGAUAUCACGCAUAGAUUACUUUGGAGCUCCACUUGUUAGUUAGAUUUCUGCUUUUGUUUCAUGUAAUACUAUGUAUUCCUUGUUCAGGAAACAAGGCAAAAAGAGGAAGAAGCAAAGGCUCUAGUGGAAAUGGAGAUUGCCCAAGAGGCUGCCAUUACAAAAAUGGCCAGAGAUGCUGAUAAUGAGGUAAAGAGCAUGAAUAAUUUUCCAUAUGUCAUAUAGGUUGUAACUCCAAAACUUGUGUACAUUACACAGCGGGAUUGAUUAAAGAGUAAGCGCAGAUGAAACCCAAAAUAUUUGAGAACUCAUAUGCAACGAUGCCUAAUAGCUACAUAGAUGUAAUUUCAGUUGAAGUGGUUUUGAAACGGCUUUGCAUAAAUGUAUAUAGAUGUACACCUGUUUUGAGACAGUUUUUCUCUUAUAGAGGUUACUGUUUUUUGAAGCACUCAUGCGAUUCAUGUUUUGUUUGAGGAAUUCAGUGAUUUUUGGGCCUUAGCUCAUAUUGUUGACCUUUCAGUAUGGGCCAGCUUUCAAGGGCCUACUUAGAGCUAUUGGCAAAUUCUUUUCGUUGAUGCUUAAAUGAAUCUGUCAAGAUCAUGCCAACCAAACUCUUUUAACUGAAUCAAUGAAUUCAUACUUUUGGCGGAACAAAUGGUUCGGGUUUUGUUGGCUGUUCUCAACAUUGUUUUAGGAAUAAUUGACUGGUUUCAUUAAGAGUUAGCGAUUUACCAGGAUGGAUUCAAAGUUUUUGUCUGAGUUUGAAUUUGUCUCUCCUCACUAAGAUUUCUUUUUUCAGCUUAGUGACCUUUUUUCGCAUUUGGACGAGCUGAGAGAAACGCUGCUGCGUAGGUGCAGGUAUAUGUAGCUUACUCUUUAUGGUUCUUGGGCAUUUAUCCGAUGAUUUUUUGUUUGUCAAGAUACAACUCGUUCAAGCCACUGGUAGCAGUGUCAAAAUGUUUUCAUUAGCUUUUCAGCCAAAGGUGCAAUCAUUUACUGUUGAGCAAUUCGUCUCUGAAGUUUGUCACCAGAAGCUAGAUUAGAAGCUCCUGCGUGCCACGUAAAAGGCUGGGUCGAAACAAUGUGUUAUUGUUUAUAAUGACCAUGAGAGUUUAUUCCGCCAAUGGGUUUUAGCUGAUUAUACAGAUUUGAUGAAGCAACUCUGUGUUGGUAUAUUGUUUUGGUUUGUCCAAACUGGUUCAGAGUAAGAAAUCCUGAAACUAGAUCAGCAUGGAUUGGGCCUAUUUGACUCAUGCGAGCUCCAUGAUUUUGGGCAAUACGGAUAUGAUGCUUUUUUUAGAGGAAAGAAUGUAGAGCGCUCUCAGUGCAUAAUUUUUAGUCCAACCUAAUUUGGCAUAAGCUGAAUGAACGGCUGAGUCGACCACGUAUUGUCCUAGAAAGUUCUAAAAAUUCCAAUAGGAUCAGGCUGUACCUCACAGUGAUCUGGAUUACUAGCUGGUUCAUAGACCAAGGGAAGGAAGUGUUUGUUGUCAAUUUUUUCAAUAAUUGGUCUCUUGUGGAUAAGAUAUCAUGCCUGCUCGCUGCAUGGUCCAAUGACUAUAUUUGGGAUAGAUUCAUGUUUGGAUCGGCUGGCCAUGCUCUUUUAUUCAUAUGGAUUUUCAAAUUCUGUAAUGAAUGACUCCUUUAAUUUUCUUCGGUUGAUUAAUUUUCCUCAGGAAUAGAAGUUCUUUUCGAUCAAAGAAUUUUGCAUUUAAAAUAUGGAAUACUAUCCGAUCUGCUUCUAUCUAAUGGGUGGUUAUUGCAGUCAAUGAAGUCCCGGUUGUGUUCGUAAUUCUCUUUAAUAUUUAAAAAUCUGAUUACGUAUCUAAUAUUUUUUUGGUGCAAACGUAUUACAUACAUUCUCUAGAGAAGUUAGAUAUUUUGGAAUGCUGUUUUUACCUGUUUCUCACUUCUGCCUGAUCGAUGGGACCUUUCUCAGGAAAAUGUCUACAGAAGAGAAGCGAAAGCUUGGUGCAGGUCUCAGCCAAUUAUCUCCUGAAGAUUUGAAUAGGGCAUUGGAAAUUAUUGCACAAAACAAUCCCAGUUUCCAAGCUACUGCUGAAGAGGUGGACUUGGACAUGGAUGCUUUGGUAAUUAACCUUUCAUCCUAACCUUGCCAGUGGUUUCUUUUCCAGCAUUAUGCAACUGCCUACUAUAGAAUGAAUAUGUUUCCAAUGCCCUAUUCAAAUCUUCAGGAUUUGUGGUGUGGAUUAUAAUCCUUUUUCACUUGUUAAUGAAUGAAAUUUUGACAACAUUUGAAGAAAGAGUUAACAAUUAUCAGGAUUGCGACAGAGACAAUUCAAAACCGGUUGUCCUCUUCCCAUAUUCUUCAUCUCUCCUCUCUUGUAACAAAUAAGCAUGGAUGGAAGUGCUAUUCGCUCCCGAGUUCAUAUUUUUUGGGAUGGAUAAUGUUGCGGAUAUCAGAUUCAUGCCCAAGUUCAUUUGAAAUGUUGUCCCACCAUUGUUGUUCCAAUACGAAGAGGAAGUGAACGAAAACAUGCUGGAAAUGUCUCGUCGAAGACUGAUGAGCCUUCACAACACCUGUUUCAAUACACGAGGAACACUCUAAUAUAGCAGAGGUUUCGGGUGACGAUCUAGUCAAGUGACAUUUUCUUUGGUUGUGCUGAAGCAUGAGAUUAAUUUUCUAUUUUAAGAGUUAAGUAACAUCUACGCCUGUUAGAAAUAGACAAAUUUUAAGUAUAUCUCUCAAUUUUUCUGUAAAUCUCUUAAUUCACAUGAUAAGCAAAAGCAUCUUCCAAACGAUAUCAAUUUUAAUUGUUUAUAUUCAUCACGCCAUUAGUGAAUACAACAUAUUGCUGCUAUCAUCUUCUCUAGAAUGGGUAUCACAGAGACUUCUUCCCAGGUGAUGACGAUCGGAUCAAUUGUCCGCAGGAUUUAUUUAUUUAUUUAUUUAUUUACUGGGGGUAAAUGCGAUGGAAAUUUUACAUUUCAAGUGAUUUAUUUUCUGUACAGAGCGAAUCAACAUUGUGGAGGCUCAAGUUCUUUGUGAAGAAAGCACUGGAAGUGCAGGCCAAGGGAUCUGCGACGAAGAGCCAUGAGAACUCGAAACGGAAGAGAGAGAUUUGCGACGCUCUCGCCAAAACCGCUAAGAAACGGAGCAGAAAGGUCCCCUAG